CGUAACGGUCAAAGGUAAUAAUAAAAGUUUACGGCAAGCUUAAUCGCAGAUUGAAUCAAGAACAGAACAAUGUGAAAGAAAUGGUGCGUUUUCCUGGAGGCGCAGCUAGCCUGUUCGCGACACGUGGUUCCUUAUAGCGCCUUAUCAUAAAACGUUGCGCCUGAAGGGGUUUGACCUACUUCAAAGUGUUGUACUUAUAUCUAUAUAUCGGGCUGAGUAACGAGUGCGUGGCCAUGCAAGUCAGUCAACAGAUGGCUCUAGCGAGGGACAGAAAGACCGGAAAUGGAUACCGAGAAGCUUGAUGGCGCCGUCUGCUCCGAAUUAGUCGAGAGUUUCGGCAUUGCCAAUUAUCAGCCAUCUUUCCCGUAUACUAUACAAGAAAAAAUUGGCCAAGGAGGAAUGUGCAGCGGCGUUUUCCUAGCCCAGGAUGAUUCCGGUCAACAGUAUGCCGCUAAGCUAAUACCAUUGCGAAAGGACCAUGUAGAUGAAGAUCUAAAACGCUGGAUCGAAGAAUUUAAAACUAUCCUACAACUAAGCACGGACCCAAAGAAUAAAAAUCUACUGAAAUAUCUGCAUAUGGAUAUCAUCAUUCUGGAGAAAGCACCGCAAUUUCUCAUCCUGAUGGAAUAUGGCCCGGGCGGAACCUUGCAGGACAAAUACCGGGACCCAGCAGAGCUGCGCCAUAAAAAAUCGGAACUGCGUGAGGAUUUGAAGGGAGUCCUUAAGGGUCUACGAUAUCUGCAUGGAAAACGUAUCGCCCAUCGUGACCUGAAGGCUGCCAAUAUCUUACUCACCGUCGACGGUACACCAAAGAUCGCUGAUUUUGGUUUAAUCGUGCAGCUGGCGCGGUCCGUCACCGGCAGCCAAGAAAUUUUCCCGGGCGCCGGCACCAUCCGGUACAUGGCACCUGAAAAUUUCAAUCCGGCACACGGUCGGCCGGGAACACGGGCUGAUAUUUGGGGGGUGGCCUGUGUAGUCUUGGAGAUGCUGUAUGGACAUGAGCCCCGCUUUUACGAAGAAACCACAACCGGAACCGGUCCACGGCCCCUGCAGGAAUUCGAGAUACGGAUUGCACUCAAUCGCGGAGACAAACCGUUCUACGAUAAAAGUGACUGGCAAGCCAAAAGCGGACUGAAGGGACGGUUUGUAGAUACCGCGGAAAAUUUUCUGGACACCUGUUUUCGGGCCAAAACGUCAGAGCGACCCAGUGCGGAAGCCCUAAUCGAACAUUGCUUCGUGCAGGGAAAGCCAUUGAGCACCUCUCCACCCAUCCGUAGAAAAUCCGGUCGGCUGGACAACGUAGCGCCCGCAGAAUCUGCGCAUUCUUUACGUCUAACGCGCACGCCGUCUUCAUCGACAUCAUCGCUGGAAUCACGGGAAUCAUUGGAACCAUUGGAAUCACCGAAUUGGUUCGGCAACGAUACAGACCAACAAUUGUGUCCCAGUUGUGUGACCGUGCAUGAUCGUGCUGGCACGACAGUCAGCCGCUCUGAGCUAUUCUUUCGCUCGAUAAACGACCGCAGUGGAGGUGUUCCUUGUGUGGUCAACACCGUGCCGUCGGAAUUGCCUUUUGCGAUGCCAGUGUUUCGGGAUGGGAGUGCAAGGCGUUUAGAGUGGGAGUGCGCUCAGCCAGAUUCUACCAAUAUGGUUCGCGUCAGCCGUGUUCAACAGCGAGGUGUCUUGGAGGAAAUGGCAUCGCCAUCGUUUCCGGUCAGUCGGACGAUGUCCCGCUCCCAUGCCAUUCCAAUUAUGUUGCCAACUCCGCAGUCGUCGCUGAUGUUUGGGGGCAGUUUGCCACAGGAAAUGGCUGGUAAUCGGAUUCGCCAACGUAGAAUGUCGAAUUCCAUACCGACAGCAUGGAAGACGGUAUGGAGGCAAGAUCACUUUGACUGCUGAAUGAUCUUCAUAUUCCGAGUCCGAGAUUAUAUGGCAUAUUCUUACGAUUUUCAACCUCCGAUUUCUGUUGCUCCUCUUGCUUCCUGGAGAACAAUUUCACGAUCUGCCACAAUCGGGGGAACCGGCUACCGAUGGUACAGGCCGCCGUCAGAAUGACCGAAGAAUUUGUAAAAACGUUAAUGGUUAACUUGCUUGCUUGACCUGGCAUCCCAUAUCGUGCUGUUUUGUAUGAUAAAAUAUACUAAAUUUAAUAAUAUUUUAACCGCAUUCUGCAUCGACGUAUUCAACUGAAUUUUUUAGUACAUCUACAGUAAGCCUUAUGUUGAGUUUAGGGAAUUCUUAUAGGAAAGCCGGCCUACCUUACUAAAUAUGC